AUGUUAUUUUCACGGUCACAAUUAUUUUAUCUUAUUUUAAUAUUUAAAUUCGAUGAUUUGGUGAUCGCUCCAUCACCGCCAGGAUUAUCAAGUAAAAAUAAUAGUGAUGGUGCUAGCACUAGGGGUUCUAUAUUCUCAGUAGGUACUAGGUCUUCCUCUACUUCUAGAAUAUCGCGUUCUACUGGCAGUUCUAAUUUGGGUGGAGUAGUUUUGGACGUUGAUGCUACCGAUGUAUCAAAUAAACUUGAAGUUUCUACUUCCAUACCUGGAAUUCUAAAGUAUACUUUGAAAUCUAGUUCAAUGGGUAGCUUUAAGAGUAUAAGAGGAAAUGGCAAGGAUCUUACAUUUUCUAAAAAAAUCGAUCAUGCACUUUGUACAUCGCCCUUUGAUGGUCAUUUGACUGUAGUAUUCGAAGACCAGACUUCUGAAGAGUAUUUUCUUGAGGAUGAUGGGUUUAAAAAGGUAAAAGGUGAAUCCAAAACAGAAACGGAAGCGGAAAGUGAACCCGUAAAACCAAAAACAAAGGUUGAGUUAAUUGAGUUAGAUUUAGAACAUCCUGCCGCUGAUUUUAAACUCGAAGAGGUUAGAAAUAUAAAAUGCUACAAGCCACCAGCUGGGAAGAUUAUAUCAAAAAUAAAGCUCAGCAACACUUUAAGAUUACUGGAAAAUGAUGUACAAGAGAAUUUCGUCUGCUUUUUUCAGGACGGUGAAAAGUACAGCAUACUUGUUGCUAACAGAAGUAGUGAAAAAGAAUGGACAAAAUAUACACUAUCGAAACAGGAGUUAAAACCUAUACUUAUGGACAUUACACUUAUAAGGAAAUUUGAUGAAAUAAACCCUGAAACAAUAUUCGUAGACUUAUCUACUCCGGAAGAUGGUCAGGUAUUUAAAUUCGAUAACUUGAUCGUAAAUGAAAAGGAGGGAGGUGUAUUGAAGAGCAAAUCUCAAGGAAAUAAGGAUUUCAUCCUUGAGUUCAAAGACCCAAAUGACCAAACAAAGCAAGUUGAAAUUAACUUUCAUAAAAAGUUUCUUGCUCAAGAGCAAUUAACCCUCCAUUCAAUCAAAACAAACCAAGAUAACACUGAAUUCAUCUUUACAUAUGUUAAAGAUAAUAUUUUGUUUCAUGAAAAAUACCUUAAAAAUGAAGGGAAAUUGGAAAAAGAUUUAAGUUUAUCGUACGGAUAUAAUUUAGAUAGAACGAAAAAGCUUCUGGGUAAGAAAAAUAUUGCUGAACAAAAUGUGUUGUUCCUAAAAACCUUGGUACCAGAUUCUGUGGAUCAAGGUAUUAAGAUCAGUCACCAUGGAAAUUUUAAAGUAUUUGAUUUCGAUCAGUAUAUGAGUAAGCCAACAUUUCUAAUUUUCCCAAACCUCGAAUUCUACCUGGAUAAACAUAUCAAUCACAAACUAAUUAUUAGUGAAACCGGAAGUCACACGAACAUGGUUAUGAGCACAAUUAUAGAUGAUAAGAAAGUACAUUACGUCAUUACUACUGAUAAAGAUAAUGGUAAUCCAUUUUCAAUAAAGACAAAGGUUGAAUUACUAAACUCACUUUGA